CAACAUUCUCAAUGUUACAUGCAGAGUUCACACAGCACUGCUCUACCUGAAUUCAACUCCCCUUAUCUUCUACUUUCUUCUUUCCUCUUUUGUCCUCUUGUUGACCGAGGAUACGGCUGGGAGAAAAAAGAAAAAAGAAAACUCUAUAUAUUGCUAUAAACUCGAUUCAUUUUCUUCGCGAGCUUUAGACCAACCCAUUGUCUACCGGUCAACAUGGCGUCAUUGAGCGAGGAUCUGCUCGUGACUGUCAACAAGCUACAAGAUCUUGUAUUCAACACAAUCGGCAAUGAUUCUCUUGACUUACCCCAAAUUGUUGUGGUAGGCUCUCAAUCAUCUGGCAAAUCAUCUGUGCUCGAGAACAUUGUCGGAAGAGAUUUCUUACCCAGAGGGAGCGGUAUUGUUACUAGACGGCCAUUGAUCCUGCAACUCAUAAAUAUCCCUAGCGAACGGCAUGACAGACCGGACAGCGACGAAAUCCAUGUACCUCACACAGCUGCCAGUGUCGCUGGACAACACGAAUGGGGAGAGUUCCAUCAUAUUCCCGGUCGGAAAUUUGAAGACUUCGCUCUGGUCAAGCAGGAAAUCGAAGCCGAAACUGCACGGAUAGCCGGGAGCAACAAAGGCAUCAAUAGGCAACCGAUUAAUCUGAAGAUCUUCUCGCCUCAUGUGCUCAAUCUCACCAUGGUUGAUCUUCCAGGGCUAACCAAGGUUCCUAUUGGGGACCAGCCGUCAGAUAUCGAGAAGCAGACCCGGGCUUUAAUAUUGGAAUAUAUCGCCAAGCCAAAUAGUAUCAUUCUAGCGGUCUCCCCGGCGAAUGUCGAUCUCGUGAACUCAGAAGCGCUCAAACUUGCUCGCCAGGUAGACCCCAUGGGCCGGAGAACCAUCGGAGUUUUGACAAAGUUGGAUUUGAUGGACCAUGGCACCAACGCCAUGGAUAUUUUGUCUGGCCGUGUCUACCCUUUGAAACUUGGUUUCAUCGGGGUUGUGAAUCGGUCCCAACAAGAUAUACAGUCCGGGAAGUCGCUAUCGGACGCGCUGCAAGCCGAAGUGGAUUUCUUUCGACACCAUCCUGCGUAUCGGAAUAUGGCCAAUCGAUGUGGGACACAGUAUCUCGCGAAAACCCUGAACACUACGUUGAUGGCUCACAUUCGAGAUCGCCUGCCUGACAUUAAGGCUCGUUUGAAUACACUCAUGGGCCAAACGCAACAGGAACUCGCCAGCUACGGUAACAAACAAUUCAGCGGAAAGGAACAUCGUGGAUCACUGAUACUGCAGCUAAUGACUCGAUUCGCCUCUUCUUUUAUAUCAUCGAUUGACGGAACCUCGUCCGAGAUUUCUACAAAGGAGCUUUGUGGAGGUGCCAGAAUAUACUACAUUUUUAAUUCGGUAUUUGGAAACUCACUCGAAACGAUCGACCCAAUCCACAACCUAUCUGUUCCCGAUAUCAGGACUGCGAUUCGCAAUUCAACCGGACCCCGACCCAGCUUGUUUGUUCCGGAGCUUGCUUUUGAUUUGCUUGUGAAGCCCCAAAUCAAGAUGCUGGAAGCUCCUAGUCAACGGUGUGUGGAGCUCGUGUACGAAGAGCUUAUCAAGAUUUGUCAUACUUGUGGCUCUCAGGAGCUUCUACGAUUCCCUCGUCUUCAAGCGAAACUCAUCGAGGUUGUUUCUGAUCUUCUCCGAGAACGCCUGGGACCCUGCUCAGCAUACGUGGAAUCUCUGAUAUCCAUCCAAAGGGCCUAUAUCAACACCAACCAUCCGAAUUUCUUGGGAGCAGCAGCGGCAAUGUCUUCCAUCAUACAGAAUAAACAGGACGAGGAACGUAGAGCCGCGUUGGCCGAGGAUAAAAAGAAACGGGAGAAACGACGAUUGAAAGAAUUAGGGGGUCUCAAUGGCCCCCCAUCUACAUCACCAGAAGAUGAGGAGCAACAACAACAGGCAGAACUGAAAACGCAAAGUAUUUCAGCGAAGAACCAGUCCUCAAGAGCGACAAGAAGCCAGUCUCCUCAUCCUAAUAAGCCACAAGAAGGCGGUAUUGCUGCAACCUUAAAUGGUGUACACUCGAGCCCUCACGCUGUAUUCGGGACUGCCAAUUCGACUCGUGACUCCUUCCUCAAUUACUUCUUUGGCAAGGAUGGCACCCAGGGUUCUAGCUCGAUCUCUCAGCCUCCGUUUCAUAGCAAGCAGCUUAACCAUCCAACCGACUCCAACCAUGUUCAAAGUAUUCGACGUACCGAACUACGCUCCCCACUUAUGCCACCGGAAGAUUUUGCACCUCUCCCAGAGUAUGGCGGUGAACCUCAGUCCUUGGAAAAUUCGGAGCCGGCUCUUUCUGAUCGCGAACUCCUGGAGACCGAGCUGAUCCGCCGGCUCAUAUCUUCGUACUUCGACAUUGUAAGAGAAACAAUCGCUGACCAGGUCCCCAAAGCCAUUAUGCAUCUUCUGGUGAAUCACAGCAAGGAUGUAGUGCAAAACAGGCUCGUGAGUGAACUUUACAAGGAAGAUUUGUUUGGAGACCUGCUUUACGAGGAUGAUGGUAUUAAAGCAGAGAGGGAGAAGUGCGAGAAGCUUUUGGACACUUACAAGGAGGCAGCCAAAAUAGUGGGCGAAGUCUUGUAAUUCUGCAAGUCCCGCUAGACAGAAGAGCACCAAUAAGGGUAUCUAUCACCCUGAUCAUGGAGACAAGAGGACCUCUGUAACUAUACUAGAAUACCAUCUAUUUGCC